AUGAAAUUCACAACCAUUUUAAACACAUUAUUCAUUACUUCAUUAGUUUCAGCUGUUGAUAAACCAGACGGUGUCACCGAUAGAAGAGCUGCACCAUAUCAAUUUGUUGGUAACAAAGAAGGUUCAAACUUACAAUGGGAUUUAUUAAUCAAAGAUAAACAUGAUGCUACUACUUUUAAAUUAAAACCAAACUCAAAAGUUGAAGGUUUCCAAGUUACAAAUAUACAAACUCAUCCACAAUUAGAAUCAUUAACUCCACCAGGUGAUUUACAAUAUAAUGAAGCUUGGUUCAAAGUUCCAAAUAAUGCAAGUUUUGAUGGUGAUGGUAGUGAUCCUUCCCAAAUUUUCACCAUCAUUGCUCAAGCUUCUGGUAAUCAAACUGAAUAUAACUUAUCAUUACAUGUUGUUACUGAUAAAGAACAAUUUAACGUUUCUCAAACUUUAGGUGGUUCUGGUAAUUAUCAAUAG